AUAAACUAUUAUACACCCUAGAAAGAUCGUAUAUAAGCAUCACUUCGUCCCUCAGGCGUAUCUCCAAUCGACUAUUCGCCCUUCUUCCAGUGCCAGGUAUGCCGCCAUCUUCAGCCUUCGCUUCUUCAAUUGAGCAAUCAAGUCCCGUUUCAAUUGUCCGAAUACGAAACGCAUUUAUUCUAUCUUUCAGUGGAGUUUUAUAUCCAUGCUAAAUUGCGCGUUCCAAAUCUGAAACACUACUCUGCACAUUCAGUGUUAAGUACUAUUUUUAACACCACAAUUUAAAACCAUCCUACAGAUCUUAAUUUCACGUUUCAGAUAAGCAUUCGUUUUGAUAUAAAGCUGUGCAUGACAGUGUUUCGGCAGUACGUUUUCCGUUUUUUUUUUUGUUUACAAAACCGUGCUUAUGUGACCUUUUCUGUAGUACCAGGAUGCAUUUUGAAUUAGUUAAAUGUUUAUCUGCAAUACUGUCGCUCUACAUUUACAGUUUUUGCUGGAAACAGUACAGAUGAAACAUAUGACAGCUUCUUCAGCAUUCACAUGUCUAUUUCUUCUUUGAACAAGAACAUCAUAAUCUCACACUUGUUUUUGUUACCAUGCUCUCACUCAUUUUUCUCAGAUGACUGGAUAAGGACACUAUAGUAUUUUUGCACUGACGUUUUGAUGAAAUAUGCAUGUCGAGUAAUACAGUUCACGAUUCAAUGUUGUUAACAGGCAGUUAAAGUUUUGAGAAUAACAUCUACCCGGAAGAAAUGUCUGGAGAGGAAGUUGCAGUUGCAGUUCCAGAGGCUGCUGCCCCAGCGGCUCUUGGGGAACCAAUGGACCUAAUGACUGCAUUGCAAUUGGUACUAAAGAAGUCUAGAGCCCAUGGUGGUCUUCUUCGUGGGGUCCGCCAAUGCUCCAAGGCAAUUGGGAAGAACAAAGCACAGCUUUGUGUCUUAGCUGAUGAUUGUGACCAACCUGAUUAUGUCAAAUUGGUGAAAGCACUCUGUGCUGAAAACAAUGUGAAAUUGAUUUCUGUGCCCACUGCUAAAACUCUUGGGGAGUGGUCUGGCUUAUGCAAGAUAGAUUCCGAAGGAAAAGCAAGGAAGGUGGUUGGAUCCUCGUGUGUUGUUGUGGAGGAUUACGGUGAAGACCAUGAGGGCUUCCACAUAAUUAAGAACUUGGAGAAGACACUUUAGAUUAUAAAGCACAUGUUUUUGGAGUUUGAAAAAUGAAAUGUUGGGAGCGAUUGUUUUAAAGAACUACUGUCGUUAUAUUGUUUAUGUAGUUUUGCAGUAGAUUAAGGUGGAGAAACUGAUGCUUUUCAAUUGGACGUAUCCAUAUAUCAUUAUCAUGUUUGGUUUUGUUAACUUUUUGACUUGCUUGACCCUGGCUUCUUUUCAUUUCAAGUUUUCAACGUAUCCGUAUUACCGAUUCACUUUUUCUUUACCGAGGGAUAGGGCUGGAUUCGGGUCGGGUCUGGGCCUAGGGUUGGACUCAGGCCGGGUGGCCCGAACCGGAACCGGCCCGGCCUGGUCACUCUUUGGGGCGGCUCGGCCCGGCCUAUGGGCGGUUCGGGUCAACCUGGCCCGGUGGCUACUGGUUCCGGGCUCGGGCCUUCAUUUUGGUGUACCGGCCCGGCCAGUUCGGGCCCGGUCCAGGCCGGAUGGAUUGGGUAUUUUGGGCCAUUUGGGGUGGUUUGGGGUUGAGGGGGAGAGUGGGGGGUUGAUUAGGAAAACCAAAAAAAAAAAAAAUAUAGAACCGAACUGGGCCUGACUUGGCCCGAUCCGGACUCGGGGUUACCCGGGUCGGUUCUGGGCCUCCCCUACCUUGAACCGAGACUCGGCCGGUUCAAGGCCUGAACCGUGCCCGGCCCGGAACCGGUCCACCCCUAUUCGGGCCUUGGCGGGCCACCGGUUCUGAAUAGGGUGGCUCGAGACCGGCCUGUGUAGCCAUUGGGUCAGGUCCAAGUCGGGCCUAGGCCUGGGUAGCCAUCGUUGGCUUUGGGUCAAUAUUUUUUUCCCUUUUCCUAAUUAACCCCCAACCCCCCAAACCAUCCCAAAUGGCCCAAAAUACCCAGCCCAACCCGAAAAGUUUUAAAAAAAUGAAAAAAAAUAAUAAUUAAAAAGCCCGGAUCUGGGCCUGAACUGGCCGGGCCGGCUCGGUUUUUGGGUGACCCGAGCCCGCACUGGGACCCCCCCAGGCCGGGCCUACUCGGACCGGUCACUGGCCGGGCCAUCGGGCCGGGCUGGUUCAGCACAGUACCUUUCCCGGGCCGGUACCGGGUCGGGCCACCCGGCCCGAGUCCAGGACUACCGAGUGAUAUGCUAUUUGGAGUUCCAUGGAAAUGAGCAACGAACAUCUAUCACUGAAACUGUCUCUUCGUUAUGUUUGGUAGUUGGUACUAUAAAAAAAUUGAAGUACUACCUCCGUCCCUUUUUAUUUAGCCAACUUUGACUUUUACAGUCAAAUAUGAUAAAUUUUGAUCAAUUAUUUUAAAUAAUAUAUUUAUGUAAAAAUUAAUAAAUUUAUACUUUUAUGAUAGUAUAUUCAACAAAGAAUAUUUUCAUAUAAUUUUUAUAUUAUCAAUAUUACCGUGUAUAAAUAUAUAAUCGGUCAAAGUUGAACAACUUUGACUUGAAAAACAAUGUUUGGCUAAAUAAAAAGGGACGGAGGGAGUAUUAAUUAACUAACAAAAAACUGAUUUGGCCUAUGGAGGGCUUACAGAAUGCUGUGGUUGGCAGCUUGAUGAACAUGAUGAACUGUGGGUGGGAUCUGGAUACCCUUAAUGAUAUUUUUAUUCCAAGAGAUGUAGCUUUGAUUAAAAGUAUUCCUUUAAGCUCUUGAUCGGUAAACGAUAGGGUGUGUUGGAAAUGGGAACCGGGGGGGGGGGGGGGGGGUUACUGUAAAGAGUUGCUAUAGGCGCUUAGUCGGGGAUAUCAUUAGUGAGGAGUGGACGGGGUGGUCUUCUAUGUGGAAUUUUAGGUUACCCCCUAAGAUUAAGAACUUUUUUUGGCAGGUCUUUGUUGGUUGCUUACCGACAACGAAUAAUUUGAAAUCUCGAAUGGUGGAUUGUAAUGUGAGCUGCGGGUUGUGUGGUGGAGAAGAUGAAUCUUUGUUUCAUAUUUUUAUCUCUUGUCCAGAGGCUAAAGAGGCAUGGAGGGCUGUUCAAUGGAAGUGGUCAACUCCUAUGGAGAGCUCUUUCUCCAGGCAGUUGCAGCGAGAGUUUCGGUCCAAGAGAAAGGAAGAUUUGUCUAGAUUAAUAUGGGGGUGUUGGGGCAUUUGGUGUGAAAGAAACCAGAGACUUUGGCAGGGUGUUUAUACGGAAGCCAAUUUUAUUUUGCAAAAAACUAAAAUCUUUGUUUCAGGUUGGGAGCAAGCACAUCAAGUAUCCAGUAAGCAACGGGGCAGAUUAUUGCAGGAAGGUCCGGGGUGGAAUUGCCCUAAACCUGGAAGACUUAAGCUCAACGUGGACGCAGCGGUUAGAGUGGAUCGAUGCGGGCUUGGCUGGAUUUUGCGGAAUGAGAAUGGGGACUUUGUGGCCGGAGUGUCCAUGCCGUGGCAAGGGAAACUGUCACCGUUGGAAGCAGAAUUAAUUGGAAUCCGAGAGGCUCUCAGUUGGACUUUCGAGCAAGGCUGGAAUGCAGUCGACGUGGAAUCGGAUGCUUCCCGUGCUAUCUCAGAAAUUCAACAAGGUUCUAGCACAUCAACGGUGGGGUUGCUAGCGGGUGAUAUGAAUGAAAAAGGAACUAGUUUUAUUGAUAUUUCUUUUACUCACAUUAGACGCUCUGCGAAUAGGCCGGCUCAUGAGUUAGAUCAAGCUGCAUGUUCUUUGUCUGAGUGUUGUAUUUGGGUUUCGAAUCCUCC